CACUACCAAAAUCUAUGUCAACAGAGUGAUGAGGUAGAUUGAACAAGACGUGCACAGAGAACGGAUUUUUUUUGUCGCCCUGAAGAGAAGCGAUUUUUUUUUCAGGGGAAUUAAAAGUUUAUUUUGCUUUGAAUCAGUUUUUGAACUUCAGCAGAUCCCCUCGGAGUUUGUCGGACUUUAGACACACGGGGCCAAUGUCAAAAGAGGCCAAAACAGAGAGCAUGUCUCUGCAUCCUCUGGGAGGAGGAGCAGAGGUCACCUCGGAGCAAGAGCACUUGUGCGUUUUUGGGACGGGAGACAUGGGACGCUCUCUGGGCCAGCGCCUGCUGCAGACGGGCUACAAGGUCGCCUACGGCAGCCGCAGACCUCUCGGCUGCGGCCCUGUGCCUCAAGGAGCUCAGGUGAUGAGCUAUGCAGACGCAGCCCAGUUGGCCGGCGUGAUCUUCGUGUGCAUACACAGAGAACAUUACGGCUUGAUGGAGAAACUCAGCUCACAACUGAUGGGGAAGGUGCUGGUGGAUGUCAGCAACAACCCUGAGCAGAAUCUGUACCCGGAGGCCAACGCUGUAUAUCUGCAGAGACUACUUCCUGGAUCGCAUGUGGUGAAAGCCUUCAACACCUUAUCUGCCUGGGCUCUUCAGAAUGGGCCUUCCGACGCUUGUAGACAGGUCUACGUGUGUGGCAACAGUACAGAGGCCAAACAGGCUGUUGCAGAGGUGGCCACCAAGAUGGGCUUGACAGUAUUGGACAGGGGGUCUUUGUCAGCAGCCCAAGAGCUGGAGGACUUCCCCUUGCAGCUGUUCCCCGAGUGGAGGCUGCCUCUCCAAAUUACCAUCGGCCUGACCGCCUUCUUCUUCUUCUACUUGCUUAUCAGAGAUGUCAUCUACUCUUACGUGGAUCAGGGCAAAGACAUCUCCUUCAGAAUCAUGGUGUCCCUGGCCAACAAGGUGUUUCCAAUCGUGUCGCUGAUCAUGUUAUCCUUGUGUUACUUGCCUGGCGUUAUAGCUGCCUUCCUUCAGCUAUACAGGGGGACCAAGUACAGGCGCUUCCCUGAUUGGCUGGAUCGCUGGAUGCUGUGCAGGAAGCAGCUGGGGCUGCUGGCACUAGCCCUUGCCUUUCUUCACGUGCUCUACACGCUAAUCAUCCCAAUAAGGUCAAGGAGAACCAAACGCCAAAGUUUGACACAAGCGUGGCCUGGCGAAGUGACUCCUACCUUUCUGUGGGCAUUCUGGGAUUUGGCCUAUACAUCCUGCUGGGAAUCACAUCCUUGCCUUCGGUCAGCAACGCUCUCAGCUGGAGAGAAUUCAGCUAUGUCCAGUCAAAGCUGGGCCACGUCACCUUGUUCCUCUGUACCCUUCACACAUACCUGUACGGCUGGGACAGGUUUCUGCGACCCUCCACGUACAAGUGGUACACACCUCCAGGCUUCAUGCUCAGUCUGGUGGUGCCCUCAGUGGUGCUGGGGCUCAAGCUGCUGCUCCUCGUGCCGUGCGUGGACCGCAGCGUCACUCGAAUUCGACGGGGCUGGGAGAGGACACAACCUGAUGAGGAGAAAACACUUCUUACAUAGGAAGGGUGUGUCAGAAAAUAUACAGAAGUUUGUUGGAAUUAGUGAGCAUAACGGCGAAAACAGAUUGAGCCUCUGCAACUUUGUUUUCGGCAUAGGUGGCACUUGGAUGACCUUUUCCCAUUUUUUUUUGAACAGUAGUGAUUCAAUUGUGAAAGUCGUGUGUAUAAAUAAAAAUGAUCACAUUUUUGUGUGCGUCACGUUCGGGCAAGCCGAAUAAAGUUGGGAUCCCAGA